AAAUAAAAACCACCCAACCAUUUUUCAACUUAAAAGCUAAAACAUUAGAAGAGGGAAACAAAAGCAAAAAGGCGCGAACUCUCCCGCGCUAACGUCUUUAUUUUAUUUUCUCCAAUGCUUCCUUUGCCGUCUUCAUUCACCAAACCAAACUCCCACACUUCACAAUUCACAAAUCACACUAUGCAACAUUUUCACCCGGAGCCCCACAUCGCUCCCACCGUCUCUUCCGACGCUAAGCGUAGCGGCAAAAAGCGCGGCAGCUACAACUGCGGCCGCUGCGGCCUCCCUAAGAAGGGCCAUGACUGCACCGGCAAGACCGCCCCCACUCCCACCUCCGCUUCUUCCGCCACCCCUUCCCACUCCUCUUUCUCCGCCGUUUCCGCUCCUUCCUCCGGCUCCGCCUCCCGCCGCCCGCUGUCUCACCUCCGCCGCGCUCUCUCCUUCGACGAGGACGAAGCCGGCAGGCUCGAUCCGUCGGAGCCCGCCGAUGUGUGGUCUGUAGAGGAUGAUCUGGAUUCGUCUGGUUUGCCGGGGAAUCUUCUAUGGGAAGUGUUGAGGAGGCUGCCGCCGGCGGGGCUGUUAACGGCGGCGAUGGUGAGCAGAGGUUGGAGGGAGAUGACAAGGAGUUUGUGGAGAGCGGCGGAGGAGUUAAGGAUUAGGGUUCCGGCGUGGGCUCAGGUGGGUUUUGUGUCGUCAAUUUUGCAGAAGUGUCCGGGGAUCGUGACACUCUCUCUUAAAAUGGAAAGUGAUGUGGAUUCCACGAUACUGGCUUGUAUUGCGUUCUCGUGCCCUAAUUUGGCAUUCUUGGAGAUCUCGGUCUCUGAUCCUGCAGUUAAUCGGAUCAGCGGGGGUGAAUUUGCUCGAUUUGUUGCUGAUAAAAAGAGCCUCAAAAGCCUCAAGAUGGAAGGUUGUUCUAACCUUGGAGGUUUUGUUCUUUGUUCGUCUAGUCUUUCUACCCUUUGGCUGUCUGAUUUAUACUCUCUGUCUAAAAUGGUCUUUAAUUGUCCUCAGUUGAGAGAGGUUUCAUUGGAGUUUGCUCACCAAGAAAGUGACAGUACUGAUCUUACAACCAUGGUUGAAGGUUUGGGAAGAAGUUGCCCGAGGUUGAAAAACAUACAUAUAUCUUCAAUGCAUCUUUCUCAUGCUGCUGUGCUUGCUCUUACUGCUGCUCAGUUAAGGGGGCUGCGAAUGCUUUCACUUGUUCUUGGAUCCGAAGUUACCGAUGCAUCUGUUGCUGCAAUUGCCUCAAGCUAUCUAAAUCUGGAAUUGCUUGAUCUCAGUGGAUCCAGCAUCAGUGACAGUGGCAUUAGCAUGAUUUGCAAUGUGUUCUCUGAAACAUUGACAAGGCUCCUUCUCGCUCUUUGCCCCAAUGUGACUUCAAGUGGCAUUCAAUUUGCUACGGCUCAAUUGCCACAUCUUGAACUUAUGGACUGUGGCAUGACCAUAUGUGAACCUAAUUCCCACCAUCCAACUGCUGAUGAAAGUAACCGCAAAUUACAGAAAACAUUUGCUACUAAUCUACACCUUACAAACCAAAAGCUAAUAAUCAAACAUAGUUGUUUAAAGAAACUUAGUUUGUGGGGAUGCUCAGGCUUGGAUGCCUUGUAUUUAAACUGCCCACAACUCAAUGAUCUUAAUCUAAAUUCUUGUAGAAAUUUGCAUCCAGAGAGACUGUUGCUUCAGUGCCCCAGUCUAGAAAAUGUGUAUGCAUCUGGUUGUCAGGACAUGUUAAUUGGGGCUAUCCAAAGUCAGGUUUGCAAUGCUUUUACUGAUAUGGAAAACCCUUCACCUUGUAAGCGUUUACCUGAUGGCUCCAAAAGGGUUCGGGUACCUCAUUUAGUUAAUACUGAGUCGCCUGAGGAUGAGAAGAAGGGAAGGAGAAAGAAGAGACGGCUUUGUAACGUGGUUGUUGAUUGAGUGGAUUUGUAGUAUCAUUCAGUGAGAAGAAAGACAAAGGAUAUGGAUGAGUAAAAUGGGUCUUAGAUCUUGUGUCUUUCUCUCCUGAUGUCAACUGCAGCUGUCAUAAGAUUAGGGGAGAUAAUUGAUCAUUGCAUAUUUGUAUUAAUGUACUCCCUUUUGAGAAUGGCUUUAGCGUAUGCAAUGUCUAGUAUUUAAAACUCCACUAGGCACUAAACAAGUCAUAAAUGUUCAAGUUAGGUUCUUGAAUUGGCGCCCAUGAACAUAGAAUGCGAAUUAUAGUCUGCUCAGUAGUCUGUCAUUCCGUUCUAUGAAAAUUUUCGGUUUGCUACCUCAUUUUUUUCAAUAAAUUUGAUAUAUUUUCACCCUGAAAGGAAGCUA